UUGGGUGUGGUGUCCCCGCGCAUGCGCGCUGGCCCGCGUUACGUAACCGGGGAGGGGAAGUUCUGGAAGGUUCUGGGUCCGCCUCAGUCGCUGCUGGGCGGCGGGAGCGAGCGGAGGCGCUUGGCAGCGCUGCGUCUGUCGGGACUCUAUCGCGACUCGUUUCCUUGGCCAGUCGCUAUGGGGGUGACUCACGAAGCGGGGCUGUCUCCUCAGGCGUCGCCGCAGGAGCAGGAUCCGUGCGCGGGAAGCCCGGCGGGCUGGAGCCGAAGCGCCCUGGCGUCUCAGGGGACCCAGCCCCGGGGCUGCCCGGCGGCUCCGAGCGGAACAGAGACCGGGGGUUGCAGAACAACAAUGAAAAUGGAACCAGCUUCUGAAAGUACCUGCGCGGAGAAAACAGUGGUUAGGAAGACCGAGGACAUGACAGGCUUCAUGGAUGACUUAACCCUUAGUUCGCCAAAGAAAAGAGAAUCAUCUUUGAGAUCCAAGAGAAGUUGUGACAGGUCCUCAAGCAGGUCAUCCAGCAGAUCCUCCUGCAGCUCACGGUCCAGUUCAAGUAGUUCCUCUUCAGCUUCCUCCAGGAGUUGGAGCCGGUCCAGAUCGAGAUCAAGGUCACGGGCCAGACGAAAUGGUUCCCGGAGGUACAGGAGAUACUCGCGGUCCUAUUCCAGAAGCCGGUCCAGGUCGCGUGGGUACAGGAGGUACCGGGGGAGGUACCACGCCAGGCACUACAGGAGGUACCGGCGCUCCCCGCCCCGCUACCGGUCACGCAGCAGGUCCUGGUCUCGUGGAAGAUCCUAUUACAGAAGGUCCUACUCAAGGAGCCGGUCGCGUUCAAGAGGCCGAAGAUACUACGGAUUUGGGCGAACAAUAUAUCCCGAGAUUUACAGGAGCUGGAGAAGCAGAUCACGAACAAGAUCUCGGAGUAGGUCACCUCUCCAUUUGAGUGAAAAAGACAAGAGGGAACUCCUGGAAAUAGCGAAAGCUAAUGCAGCAAAAGCUCUGGGAACAGAUAACAUCGUCCUGCCAGCGAGCUUGAAGAUCCUUCCUCCUUCCAGAGAGAUAAAGAAAGAAAAGCAAGAGCAUGAAGGUGCUGGAGAGUCAGCUGAGCAACCCCAAGGAGAGGCAGAAGACAUGACCAGGAGCGGGAUGGAGAGAGCAGCCAUACCCAGGAGCAUUUCUUUCAGUCCUAAUAACACAAUGGCAAAGCCAGCGCUGCAGAAGCCAGUGAGCCAUGUUGUUAAAGAACCGGCAGUGUCUCCGGCCAGAGAAGAGGACAAAAAGGGAAGUCCCUAUGGGCAGUGGGUUCCUGUCAAGAAGGAGAAGAAAACAUUUUUAAACUUCUCACCUAAAAGUGCACCAUUCCGGGCACGCUGAAGUAUUUUUCUUGCUAUUUCUUGACUGCAGCAUUACACAUAUUUCAGUAGUGAGAGCUGAAAUGUUCUGGUCAGGUUGAAGACUUGUUUAAUACUGAGUAUUUAUUUUGAAAUCUUAAUUUUGGAAUCUUAGGUUUCUCUUUCAGAUGUGUAGAGCACAGUGAUCCAGAAGCCACAGAGGGGAAUCUUGUGUAUAUUUGUAAAUAUUUUUGUAUUGCUUUAAUGGACUAGAACUUCCCAGGUGGGUAACCUUUUCUAAACAAUAGUUCAGUAGCUGUUGUAUUGAACACUUGAUUUACAUUGUGUAACUGUUUACUAAAGUAAAUAAACUUUAGUUUUGCACUGGC